UUUUUAAAGGCCCACAAGUUUGAGCUUUCACUCCAUUUUCGAGCUUUUCUUUUAAUGCUUUGUUUUCAUUGGGAUGUAUGGUUAUUCUCAGUAUUACAGGCUGUCUUUAGUGUUUCCUUGGCUAAGCAGAGGCAUGAAUUUAGAAUGGCAGCUGUAAUAAUUGAACUCACUAAAGAAAAAUCAAUACAAAUCUCAAAUUUCCUCAACCUUUCACUUUCCUCCCUGUGUCUCUGCCAGCCCCCUGAUCUCCCCUCACUUCAAGGCUGAGUUUGCCAUCCGCCACAAGACACAGGCUGGGUUUCAUAGAGAGACUUUUCUUCCUUGUCUUUUGACCGCCCUGCCAUUUCUGACAGGAUUUUCCUCAUUUUUGAGGCCUCCUCCUGGGAAUCCCUCCCUUCAGAGAAGCUGCUCUUCAGAAAAGGGAUUUUUGAGUCUCCACAGAGAUUUUCUCAAUCUUCACAAGAUCACAGACAGUUCUUAAGAGGUUAAAAAGAUGGAAAAUCUAGAAACUGAUGCUUGCUGGAGAUGCCACUUCCUUUCUAGAUAGGCAAUCUUAGAGGGAACCUUUCCUUCAAAUUUAAUGCCCAUCAACCCAGAUACGUGUGGAACAUGACGUCCGGAGCCCUUGCAGGACCUUCUCGCAAUGCACACAGGAUCCUCUAGGGGGCGCCCUCGAAGAGCGGUGCAGCUCCCUCCCUCCCUCCGUCGCUUACGAGAGAACUGAGCAUGCGCCGGUCUCUUUCCCAAGUCGAGAGGGGUGCGAGACUGCCGAGGCUUGAAAGGUUCUCCAGUGCCCGGAGGAGCCUUUCAGGGAAGGGAAGAGGCUGCAGGGAAGACUUGGACUUGGAGGUACAGACAUACAUCAAAAAAAAAAUUCUGGUUCUUCGGGAAUCUUACAAAUCUUCUCUGGGAAGAGAGAGCUGAAUGGCCUUGGAAAAUUUGGCCAGACCUCUUGUGAAUAGAAAGACCAACGGAGACCCGUGGGUGCAUUUUGGAGCUUUUUUAGAGACCAGAGAGAAGAUGGAGGGACAACACCCAGCAGAUACAGAAGUUAGAAAAGGCCCUCCAGCUGCUCAGCCUUGGAGCUGUGGGAAGAAUGGGGCAAGUCCUGGGCAGAAGAGCCACGAAGAGGCAUCCAAUGGUCUCAGUUCAGAGAUCCAAUGCUGUCACUUCACAAAAGUGCAGUUUAAGGAGGGGAGCCGUCCCCGAGAUGUUUGCACUCAGCUUCACUACCUUUGUCGUCAGUGGCUGCAACCAGAAAAACACACCAAGGCUCAGAUGCUGGACCUGGUGCUCCUGCAACAAUUCCUGGCUGUUCUUCCCCCAGAGAUGGCGAAAUGGGUGCGGGAGUGUGGAGCAGAGACCAGUUCCCAGGCGGUGUCCCUGGCUGAAGGCUUCUUCCUGACUCAGGAGGAGGAAAACAUGCAGGAAGAGUUGCAGAAAUGCACGGAAGCUGUGACUGAAUAUCCCAAGAACAGGAAAAAUUCAUUCAAAUGUUCUCAAGAGCUGCUGUUCAUGGAGACCUUACACAAAGAUCAAACUCAGGACACCACUCCAGAGAGUAGAAAGCUGUCCUUGGAGUUUUUAGAAUCACCUCUUUCUGAUGAAGUUGAAGGAUUAGCUGAACCGCUACUUCAGGAUGUUGUGUCUUUUGAGGAAGUGGCCGUGUAUUUCUCCAAGGAGGAGUGGUCUCAACUGGAUGCUGACCAAAGAGAACUCCACAGAGAAGUCAUGCUGGAGAAUUCCAGGAAUCUGGCUUACCUGGGCUGUAAUAGAGAAGACAAUAAGAAUUGCAAGGAGGAACGCCAAGCGAUCCAUUCAAAAGGGAGGAAAAGGAAAUUUGUAGAUCAGAUGAAACCAAAGAGUGAUGAAACAAAGCAAUCACAAAGUGGAGUUAAGAAAGGCCUUCCUCAGAAAUGCACGGAAGCUGUGACUGAAUAUCCCAAGAACAGGAAAAAUUCAUUCAAAUGUUCUCAAGAGCUGCUGUUCAUGGAGACCUUACACAAAGAUCAAACUCAGGACACCACUCCAGAGAGUAGAAAGCUGUCCUUGGAGUUUUUAGAAUCACCUCUUUCUGAUGAAGUUGAAGGAUUAGCUGAACCGCUACUUCAGGAUGUUGUGUCUUUUGAGGAAGUGGCCGUGUAUUUCUCCAAGGAGGAGUGGUCUCAACUGGAUGCUAACCAAAGAGAACUCCACAGAGAAGUCAUGCUGGAGAAUUCCAGGAAUCUGGCUUACCUGGGCUGUAAUAGAGAAGACAAUAAGAAUUGCAAGGAGGAACGCCAAGCGAUCCAUUCAAAAGGGAGGAAAAGGAAAUUUGUAGAUCAGAUGAAACCAAAGAGUGAUGAAACAAAGCAAUCACAAAGUGGAGUUAAGAAAGGCCUUCCUCAGGUCAGUUGGCUUCCUAACCAUACAGUGAUCAAUAAGAGAGAAAGACCAUAUAAAUCCAUGGAGUGUACAAAGAGGUUCAAUAUAUCCGAUAAUCUCUUUUCUCAUGAAAAUACACAUUCAGAAGGGAAACGAUUUACCUGCAUGGAGUGUGGAAAGUCCUUUAAUCGUAGCAGUCAUCUUAAUUCCCACCAGAGGAUCCACAAAGGAGAACGAACAUAUAAAUGUAUGGAGUGUGGAAAGACCUUUACUUGUAACAGUAAUCUUUAUUACCACAAGAAGAUCCACGCAGGAGAGAAGCCUUAUAAAUGCAUGGAUUGUGGAAAGGCCUUUUAUUUAAGCAGUCAUCUUAAUUCCCACAAGAGGAUCCACAAAAGAGAACAAGCGUAUAAAUGCAUGGAGUGUGGAAAGACCUUCUGUUAUUCUGAGUCCCUUAUAAUCCAUCAAAGGAUCCACACAGGAGAAAGACCUUAUAAAUGCAUGGAGUGUGGAAAGGGAUUUACUUUAAGCAAGCACCUUAAAUCCCACAAGAGGAUCCACACAGGAGAAAGACCUUAUAAAUGCAUGGAGUGUGGAAAGACCUUUACUUGUAGCAGCAGUCUUAAUUCCCACAAGAGGAUCCACACAGGAGAGAGACCUUAUAAAUGUAGUGAGUGUGGAAAGACAUUUAAUCGUAGCGGUAACCUUGAUACCCACAAGAGGAUCCACACAGGAGAAAGACCUUAUAAAUGCAUGGAGUGUGGAAAGAGCUUUACUUGUAGUGGUCAUCUUCAUCGCCACAAGAGGAGCCACACAAGAUAUAAGUCAAAUAAAGGUUUGCAGUGUGGAGAGGGCUUUUUAAAGACCAACGGAGACCCGUGGGUGCAUUUUGGAGCUUUUUUAGAGACCAGAGAGAAGAUGGAGGGACAACACCCAGCAGAUACAGAAGUUAGAAAAGGCCCUCCAGCUGCUCAGCCUUGGAGCUGUGGGAAGAAUGGGGCAAGUCCUGGGCAGAAGAGCCACGAAGAGGCAUCCAACACUUCAGGGGUCCAAUGCUGUCACUUCAUAAAAGUGCAGUUUCAGGAGGGGAGCCGUCCCCGAGAUGUUUGCACUCAGCUUCACUACCUUUGUCGUCAGUGGCUGCAACCAGAAAAACACACCAAGGCUCAGAUGCUGGACCUGGUGCUCCUGGAACAAUUCCUGGCUGUCCUUCCCCCAGAGAUGGCAAAAUGGGUGCGGGAGUGUGGAGCAGAGACCAGUUCCCAGGCGGUGUCCCUGGCUGAAGGCUUCUUGCUGACUCAGGAGGAGGAAAACAUGCAGGAAGAGUUGCAGAAAUGCACGGAAGCUGUGACUGAGUAUCCCAAGAACAGGAAAAAUUCAUUCAAAUGUUCUCAAGAGCUGCUGUUCAUGGAGACCUUACACAAAGAUCAAACUCAGGACACCACUCCAGAGAGUAGAAAGCUGUCCUUGGAGUUUUUAGAAUCACCUCUUUCUGAUGAAGUUGAAGGAUUAGCUGAACCGCUACUUCAGGAUGUUGUGUCUUUUGAGGAAGUGGCCGUGUAUUUCUCCAAGGAGGAGUGGUCUCAACUGGAUGCUGACCAAAGAGAACUCCACAGAGAAGUCAUGCUGGAGAAUUCCAGGAAUCUGGCUUACCUGGGCUGUAAUAGAGAAGACAAUAAGAAUUGCAAGGAGGAACGCCAAGCGAUCCAUUCAAAAGGGAGGAAAAGGAAAUUUGUAGAUCAGAUGAAACCAAAGAGUGAUGAAACAAAGCAAUCACAAAGUGGAGUUAAGAAAGGCCUUCCUCAGGUCAGUUGGCUUCCUAACCAUACAGUGAUCAAUAAGAGAGAAAGACCAUAUAAAUCCAUGGAGUGUACAAAGAGGUUCAAUAUAUCCGAUAAUCUCUUUUCUCAUGAAAAUACACAUUCAGAAGGGAAACGAUUUACCUGCAUGGAGUGUGGAAAGUCCUUUAAUCGUAGCAGUCAUCUUAAUUCCCACCAGCGGAUCCACAAAGGAGAACGAACGUAUAAAUGCAUUGAGUGUGGAAAGAGCUUCUGUUAUUCUGAGUCCCUUAUAAUCCAUCAAAGGAUCCACACAGGAGAAAGACCUUAUAAAUGCAUUGAGUGUGGAAAGACCUUUACUUGUAGCAGUAAUCUUUAUUACCACAAGAAGAUCCACGCAGGAGAGAAGCCUUAUAAAUGCAUGGAUUGCGGAAAGGCCUUUUAUUUAAGCAGUCAUCUUAAUUCCCACAAGAGGAUCCACAAAAGAGAACAAGCGUAUAAAUGCAUGGAGUGUGGAAAGACCUUCUGUUAUUCUGAGUCCCUUAUAAUCCAUCAAAGGAUCCACACAGGAGAAAGACCUUAUAAAUGCAUGGAGUGUGGAAAGGGAUUUACUUUAAGCAAGCACCUUAAAUCCCACAAGAGGAUCCACACAGGAGAAAGACCUUAUAAAUGUAGUGAGUGUGGAAAGACCUUUACUUGUACCAGCAGUCUUAAUUCCCACAAGAGGAUCCACACAGGAGAGAGACCUUAUAAAUGUAGUGAGUGUGGAAAGACAUUUACUCGUAGCGGUAACCUUGAUACCCACAAGAGGAUCCACAUAGGAGAAAGACCUUUUAAUUGCAUGGAGUGUGGAAAGACCUUUACUGCUAUGAGUAGACUUAAUUCCCACAAGAGGAUCCACAAAAGAGAACAAACGUAUAAAUGCAUUGAGUGUGGAAAGAGCUUCUGUUAUUCUGAGUCCCUUAUAAUCCAUCAAAGGAUCCACACAGGAGAGAGACCUUAUGAAUGCAUUGAGUGUGGAAAGACCUUUACUGCUAUGAGUAGACUUAAUUCCCACAAGAGGAUCCACAAAAGGGAACAAACGUAUAAAUGCAUUGAGUGUGGAAAGAGCUUCUGUUAUUCUGAGUCCCUUAUAAUCCAUCAAAGGAUCCACACAGGAGAAAGACCUUAUGAAUGCAUUGAGUGUGGAAAGACCUUUACUGCUAUGAGUAGACUUAAUUCCCACAAGAGGAUCCACAAAAGAGAACAAACGUAUAAAUGCAUUGAGUGUGGAAAGAGCUUCUGUUAUUCUGAGUCCCUUAUAAUCCAUCAAAGGAUCCACACAGGAGAGAGACCUUAUGAAUGCAUUGAGUGUGGAAAGACCUUUAGUGCUAUGAGUAGACUUAAUUCCCACAAGAGGAUCCACAAAAGAGAACAAACGUAUAAAUGCAUUGAGUGUGGAAAGACCUUCUGUUAUUCUGAGUCCCUUAUAAUCCAUCAAAGGAUCCACACAGGAGAAAGACCUUAUAAAUGCAUGGAAUGUGGAAAGGGAUUUACUUGUAACAAUAAUCUUUAUCACCACAAGAAGAUCCACGCAGGAGAGAAGCCUUAUAAAUGUAGUGAGUGUGGAAAGAGCUUUACUUGUAGCAGUCAUCUUCAUCGCCACAAGAGGAGCCACACAGGAGAAAGACCUUAUAAAUGUACUGAGUGUGGAAAGACAUUUACUUGUAGCGGUAACCUUGAUUCCCACAAGAGGAGCCACACAGGAGAAAGACCUUAUAAAUGCAUGGAGUGUGGAAAGAGCUUUACUUGUAGCAGUCAUCUUCAUCGCCACAAGAGGAGCCACACAGGAGAAAGACCUUAUAAAUGCAUGGAGUGUGGAAAGAGCUUUACUUAUAGCAGUCAUCUUCAUCGCCACAAGAGGAUCCACACAAGAUAUAAGUCAAAUAAAGGUUUGCAGUGUGGAGAGGGCUUUUUGUGAGCUUCUUUUUUCUCCAAGUAGUUCUCGUCAUAUGACUGCAAUUGAGGCCAAAAUUUCUGUUGCUAAGCGAGACAGUUAUUGCGUUUUGUGCCAUUUGAUGACUUUUCUUGCCACAUUUGUUAAAUGACUCACAAUAGUUGUUAAGUUAGUAAUACUGUUAUGAAAUGAAUCUGGCUUCCCCAUUGGAUUUGCUUGUUAGAAGCUCACAAAAGGUGAUCACAUGAUCCAGGGACUCUGCAAAUAUCAUAAAUCUGUUGCCAAGCAUCUGACGUUUGAUCAGGUGACCUUGGGGAUUUUGCAAAAGUGUGAAAAAUGGUCAUAAGUCACUUUUUUCCAUGCUGCUGUAACUUUGAACAAUCACUAAAUGAACUGUAGUAAAUCGACGACUAGUUAUAGUUGUCUAAAAUCUCAUACAAGUACCAUUUGAGUAAUUUAAUUUUUAAGUCCUUUUAUAGUCAUUUUUUGAGUGUAUUGUGAGCCGCCCUGGGUCUUCGGAGAGAGGCGGCAUAUAAAUUGAAUAAAUGAAAUAAAAAUGAAUAAAUAAUUCAAAUAAAUUGUUUACCUUCUUA